AUGGGCGCCGCCGUGAUGGAGCAGCGACGCGGCGGCAAGCCCAAGGUGGUGUUCGUGCUGGGCGCGACAUCCACAGGCAAGUCCAAGCUUGCCAUCGCCCUGGCGGCGCUCUUCGGCGGCGAGGUGAUCAACUCUGACAAGAUCCAGGUGUACGCUGGCCUCCCAGUGAUCACCAACAAGGUGACGGACGAGGAGUGCGCGGGUGUGCCGCACCACCUCCUCGGCUGCGUGCCGUGCCCCGACGCUGAUUUCACUGUCGACGACUUCUGCCGGGAGGCGACUGACGCGAUCAAGCGCGUUCUCUCCCGCGGCGGCCUCCCCGUGGUGGCCGGCGGCUCCAACCGGUACGUCGAGGCGCUCGUCGACGGAGACGGCGGCGCCUUCCGCUCCUCCCAUGACUGCCUCUUCGUCUGGCUGGACGCCGCGCCGGAAGUCCUCCGCCGCUCCACGGCCGUACGGGUGGACGACAUGGUGCGGCGGGGGCUCGUGGAGGAGGCCCGCGCGGCGUUCGACCCGGACGCCAGCUACACCCGGGGCGUGCGCCGCGCCAUCGGCCUGCCGGAGAUGGACGCGUACCUGCGACGCGCGAGCGACGGCGAUGAUGACGGCACAGCCGCGAUGCUGGGGAGAGCGGUGGAGGAGAUCAAGGUUAACACGUUCGGGCUGGUGCUGGAGCAGGUGGAGAAGAUCCGGCGGUUGAGCACGCUGGAGGGGUGGGACGUCCGGCGGGUGGACUGCACAGAGGUGCUGGCGCGGACGGCGGACGGCGAAGGGGUGCAGGAGCUAUGGAGGAAGGUUGUCUGGGAGCCCGUCGAGGACAUGGUGCGGACGUUCGUCAUCGCGGAGAAGAGCGGUGGGAAGAUCAACCUGCUGCCCUAG